CCACCACUCCUGUAGGCGCCAUGUCGCGCAGAAAGCUUGAAAGUCGUCGGCGAACUGGAUGCUUCCAGUGUAAAGCGAAGCACAUUCAAUGCACUGAAGAACACCCCCGCUGCAAACGUUGCGAAAGGCUGAACCUGGCAUGCGCACGAGGCCUAAGGUUGAUCUUCAGGGAGGAUGCCAUACAGCGGGGGAUCAGCUUUGGGCGCGAAGGAGUCUGGACGAAACAACCCAACGCGAAGCAGCGCCAGAGAAAGUCCGACUUUCGACCCAUUCCUCUGGACUGCUAUGUCAACCGCUGGGAGUUUCUCAAUGUCACCCUUGAUGACUUGGCUGCAUCCGCCCAAGUGGAAACCCCGCAUUACCCCCCUCGAAGCACCGACCAGGGCCACUUCCUCACCCUCUCCCCCGCAUUCUCCAUCUACCAUCCCCUCCGCACAUUUUCCGACUCGGACAGCUAUCUCCUCGACUACUUCAUCAGGGGCAUCAGUCCAUCGUGCUCACUUAGCGAAUCGCACAAUCCCUACAUCUCCCUCGUCAUCCCACUCUCUUUCGUUUCCAACACGCUACGAAACGCCCUUUUAGCUGUCGCUGCAAACCAGCUCCGCCUUCUUGGUAGCGCACAGUCCACUCAUGAAGCAUGUCACUACAAACAGAUUGCCCUCCAGAGCCUCCGACAGGAAAUCUCCACUUCCACUCAUGAUGAAGGCACGGUUGCUGCUGUGCUCAUGUUGUGCUUUCAAGACAUCUCGGACGGCUGUUCUGCCUCGUGGAUAACGCAUCUCCGUGGUGGGCUGCAGCUUUUAGACUGCAGUGUGCGUCAACGCUCCCCUGACCUAUGGAAUUUCUUCCGCAUGUACUUUAUAGCUCACGAUAUCAUGGCCCGCACGGUGUCCGAUGAUUGGGAUGGAGGCGACAACUUGCAGCUAUGGUCUGAGAGUGAAAACCUUGAGGAGAUAGACGUUUUGAUGGGCUGCUCACGUGGUCUGAUGACACUGAUCAACCGGAUCUCCAUCCUGGCUUCCACGAAAGCAAGGAUCUUGAGAACACGUCCCCUGACGCCAUCCGAGAUCCACGAUUAUGAUAUGGCCGCACAUCAAUUACACUUCUCUCUCCUGACGCUAACGCAACGCCUACCCCCACACUCAGCAGAUCGACAAGAUCUCCAACAAAUCGCAAACAUCAAGCAUCUCACCGCGCUUCUUUACAUGCAUGAACGCCUCGGCUUUCCCAAACAGUCCCAUCCCCCCUUAGACGACCCUUCGAGAGCGCCCACGCGCCUCCCCCACGAUUUGUCAGGGUUCUCUAAGGACCGCCUCGUCUCAAUGAUAGUCGAAUCCAUCGCGACCCUCCCGGACAUGGCCACCCUUCUUUGGCCACUGUUCAUCCUCGGCAACGUGGGGGUGGAGGACGAAGACCAUCGACGAUUCGUCCUUGACAGACUGUCGAGUAUCCACAGGCUACGUAAUCUCGGCAGCGUACGACGAACAAUAGAUGCUGUGAAGCAUGCCUUUGGUACGACUGGCCUGGACUGUGGGAUCGAGAGAGCGUGGGGGCAUGAGAGUUAUCAGUACAUCAGUCUUGCUUGAGAAUGAACAUUUUGGACUUUGAUUCUUUGACGCGAAGAUAGAAUACCUCCUAUCGCCUUACCAAGCUCAACGACUUUUUCAACGACUUGCAUGAUCUCUUUGGACCCCCAAUAUAUGACUUUGAGCAACAAUAUAUAUAUUGCUCUGGCCGGCACAACGAUAAAGCUGAACCCUGCUAAUUACAUGUUUCGAAAUCCUGAACCCUUAAGCCGAGCCCUAAGCCAGCCCAUCGGCUCAUCAAA